GGGAAAGGAGAAGGGAAGAUGGCGGCGGCGAGUGGCAGCGGGUUGCGGCCGUGGUGGCGGCCGGCCGCGGGCCUGGCCCGGGCGGUACGCACCGUCUGUGGCAGCGGGCGGGCGGCGGCGGCGGCGGGGACGGUGCAGGCCGAGCAGCUGGCGGAGCGGCUGCGGGAGAGCAAGCGGGAGAAGCGGGAGAUCCCCAAAGACCCAGUGCAGAGACGGGUCCAGGAACUCACCAGACUGAGCAAGCAGCUGCAGCGGGUUCAUCCCAAUGUCCUGGCCAAAGUGCUCAAGCAGGAAGCUGUGUACCAAAACGAGGAGAUCGUGGUGAUCAACAAACCCUACGGCGUUCCCGUGCACGGCGGCCCUGGGAUCAAGAAUUGUAUCACUGACGUGCUGCCGAUCUUGGCCAAGAUGUUGGGGAACAUGAAAUCUGAACCCCUCCACCUCUGCCACCGGCUGGACAAAGAAACCACGGGUGUGAUGGUGCUGGCGCGGAGCAAGGAGGCAGCAGAGAAGAUCCGGCUUCUCUUCAAAACUCGUCAGGUGGAGAAGAUCUACUGGGCAAUUAGCCUGGGGGACCCAGACCCCACCGAGGGCAUCGUGGACAUCCCCAUCGUGGAGAAGGAGGUGCAGAGCCACCAGUCACACUACAAGAUGACACUGGCCCCCAACUAUCGCCUGUCUCCGGAGGAUGGGAAGGUGGUGAAAAUCCGCAAGAACCGCGAUGCCGAAAGCGCUGUGACGCGGUACCGCCUUCUGGCUAGCUCUUCUGCCUGCUCUCUGCUGGAGCUCCAGCCCAUCACGGGGGUGAAGCACCAGAUCCGGGUUCACCUGGCCUAUGGCUUGGGGUGCCCCAUCCUGGGGGAUCACAAAUAUUCGCACUGGAGCAAGUUGGCACCCCAGAAGCUUCCUGAAAUCACAUUGAAGAGGCUGAAGCUGAGGCAGAGCAAGGCUCGCCACCUCCCUCUCCACCUGCACGCCUACCGGCUCUCCCUGCCACUGGGCAAGCAGAUAGACCUCGUCUGCAAGCCGCCCCUCUUCUUCCAAAAGACUUUGAAGAAACUGGAGCUGGACAUCGCUGAAGACUAAUGAGAGUGGUACCAUGUAUCUCCGCAUUUCCAGCAUGUGGUAGCACUGGGGCCGGCCAUUCUGCAGCAGUGUCCACCUUGGAGGCAGCAGUGUGAAGUUCGCAGUCUCUGCUGCUUGCCAGAGACCUCCUGUGUUGGUACUGACGUUUCUGGCUUCAAACCAGGUACCUGCGUAUGCUUUUUGCCCUGAUUUGGUGCAGAAAAGUGGCUGGGCACGCUGAAGAGCCUCUUGUUGGGACAGAUGAGGCGGGGUAGAAACUGGGCUUUGCCCAAUCCAUGUUUUGAACUUGUCUCUGAGCAAUAAAAGAUCCAGUUCCUGCUGA